GAAAGUAACGGAGCUGCGGUGUGAGCAGCAGCAGCAGAGCAGCUGUGCGCGCUGGAUCAGUCCGUGAACGCAGCGUCGCUUAUUAAAAACUGCUAAAGAACGCGGAGCAUCUGUUCUACGACCCGUCAGCUUAACACAGGAGACAAUAGACAGUGAAAUAUAUGGGGAGAAGAGAGGAGGGAGGAGGUGCUCCUGGCUGCUGUGACCCCCCCUCCUCCUACUCCUCCACCUCCCCCCCUCGCUCCUUCUCCUCCCUCCAUUCCUCCCAGUCUACAGGCUCGUCAAGCGGAGAAAUAAACAGAAGCGAGCGCAGAGAAGAGAAGACAUUCCUCCCUCCCCUCCCCCUCACUAUCUGUCCAUCUUCAUCCAGUCCUUUCUUUCAUGGAGAGGAAUUAUCCCGCUGCAGGCUUCGGAGAUCUAGGGGCUGGGACGGGAUGGAGUUACGACAGAUCGGCCAAAGCAAGCCUCGUGUAUGGGAGCUCCAGGUCAUCCCAUCCAGACUCAGAGCUGCUCCACCGGCAGACCUACGGCACCCCUCACCCCCUCCAGGGCUAUGCAACCAACCACCACCCAGGAAGCUCCAGACAGGGAGGAGCCUGGGGGGCUGCUGGACGCACGCUCGGUCUGUCGGGGCUGUUUGACGCCAGCCUCCAUCAUGCUAGCCCCUCGGGUCCUGACCCUUCCGUCAUGAAUCUGAUUUCGGCUCUUGAAUCGCGGGGUCCACAGCCGCCACCCUCUGCCUCCUCCCUCCUCUCUCAGUUUCGCACUCCCUCUUGGCAGACUGCAAUGCAUACACCGGCCCCAGCGGAGCUCUUUAUUUCAGGAGCACUUCCUGGCUCCAGCUCCUUCCCCUCCUCCUCAGCCCUUUCUGCAUACCAGCAUCCUGGCUCCUUCUCUGGACGAUCUUUCACUCCCUCACUAUCCCUGCAGGACACGCCUACAUUUAGCCCGACCUCCAAUGGUUUGCUAUCCCCUCAUGAUCCCCUACUGCACAUCAAAACACCUUCACAAUCCAGCUUGGGCUUUGAUCGCUUACUGUCUUCCCAGAGUGCCACUUACAGGGGCUCCCAGGAGCCCUCAGCCCCUUCACAGACCCAAGCCCCUCCCACCUCCUCCAGUUGCCACCUGCCCCCUCCCCAGUUCAACCUGUUGUCCUCCCAGCUCCACAACCAGUCCUCCCAGCUCUAUAAUGCCUCCAUGUUCUCUUCCACACCAGCUCUGCUGCCCACAGCCCCACCUCCGCCCCAGCCUCCUCCAGAGAGGGCAGUUUCCCGACAGGACAGUGUGAUCAAGCAUUACCAACGCUCUUCCCCAGCCCAGUCCUCAACACUCCCCCCACAGCAAUAUCCCAGCUGUGGUGGGUCAUCGAGCUACCAGCAGAUAGCCAGCCACCACCGGCAUUCUGGACUGUCCUGCAGCCCCCUGGGGGAGCAGAGCCCAUCCUCUGACCCCAAGCCCUCACCCCGGUUGGAAUCCAAGACAUACCGACCUAUCAUCCAAACUCCCUACACAUCCUCGUCAUCCAGCUCCUCAGCCCCCUCCUUAUCUGGCACUAAGGGAGCCAAGAGUUCCAGUUCCAGUAGUGGUUACUCCUCUUCAGGCUCAGCAUCAUCCUCAUCCCGUACCCCACACACGCCACCAUCAGCCUCUUCCACCUCCUCUUCAUCCUCUUCUAGUUCCAAGACAAGCACUGGCUCCUUGUCUGCUCCCUCUUGUCAGCAGCCCCCACCUCAGUCAGCAACUGCACCACCUCCUCUACCAGUGGUGUCAUCCAACCUUGUUCAACAGCCAGCACCCAAACAAUGCCUCUCCACCUAUGGUUCUCCACCUGUUGCUAAAUCCAGCACAUGCCUCCCAGACCAGACCCCUCCCCAGCAACAUGCUCAGUCCUACUCUCCCAACCAACCUCCAUCUACACACAUGAGCCAGUCUUAUGGAGGCUUUAACUCACCCCAUGCUCAAGACCUGAGCUCUGGAGUUGGGGGUACUGGAGGGAAGGCCUUCACUGGUAUAGGCUCAGGAGGACGCUCGUUUUCUGCAGAGAUAGUCUUUGGGGACUCCAGCUUUGGCUCAACUUCUCUCAGAAGAGCAGGCAGUCCUUCCUUAGGGUAUGGGAGUGCUGGAGGAUCAGCAGUAAGUGGACCUGUAUCAGGAGCUGCUCCUCUUGGCAGUGGAGUUGGAUCUGCAGGAUCCGCCAGCGGACCCUCUAGUGUCGGUAAUGGCGGCACCAGCUCCUACCACAUGCCUGAGUCUAGUCCUUCACCUUCUAUCAAUUCUACCAUCAGUCGCCCUGGAUUGCACUCUCCUGCUUCUGCUCGCCCUGCACAGUCCCCCGGAGGCUCAGGGGCCAACAAAUACUUGUCAUCUAUCCUCUCGCCUUCUUUUAUGCCCUCACCACAAGGUUAUCCUGACACACGGCAAGUGCAGAGCCAGUCCUACCACUCAACACCACCCAAGUCAAAAACAGAGACCAACAUGCUGGGAGUUGAGCGAUCCCAAGAUGAAGAAGAGGAUGAUGAUGAUUUCCUCAUCCACCACUUACUACAUGCCCAGAGUUCAACUCCCCAUCCUUCCCAGCAUCACCCCACUCCUCAGCAACUACCCCAGCCACUCCCACAAGUUAGGGAUGUGGAAGGCAAGGGGGUGACCUAUGACAUUAACAAGAUGUCAGAAGAGCGAUACCACCUUCAGAGUGUCAUUCGCACCAAUAACAUUGCCAGCAGUUCGGGUCCUGGGACAGCAAUUGGUGAUGCAGCCAGCAGCUUGAACAGUCAGUUGGAAUUAUCACAGAAGAAACAGCAACAGGCCAAAUCAGAGUUGUCCAUAUCAAAGUCCACAGCUGGAGGGGUAGGAGGGGUUACUGACUCUCUGUCACACUCCCAUACUACCCACUCGCAUCAACAACAACAUGACUCCAUGGGAUCUGUGGUCCAUUAUGGAAGAGGGGACCCCUACACACAGCAUCAACACUCCCAACAUCCCCAUCACACCUCACAUGUGUCCUCACAGCAACAUUCUCAGCAUCCCCAAAUAUCUCAGCACUCUAGGCACUCUCAACACGCACAGCACUCUCAGCACACUCAGCACAGCCAUCCCCAUUCCCACUCUCACAGCCACCCUCACAUGGAGCUAAAGAAGCCUUCAGAUGCAAAUGACAAUGCCUACUUGUGUAACACACCAGAUGUGCAGCAGGCUCGACAAAGCCAGGUUCCCCUCUCGCUGAUAGAUUCAUCGCCAGACCCUCCCCAGCAAACCCACAUGCUGCAGUCUGUCCUUUCUCAUACCACUCGCACUAAGAUGGAUCCCUCGCAAGCCCCCCCACAGCAGCAGCAGCAACAGCAGCAUCCUUUGAGCCAGCAGGUCAUGAUGGGUUCAGCUGGAGGGGCAGGGCCUGCUGGGGUGGAGUCCCAUCCACAGAACCAGUCCGCACAGAUGCAACUCCAGCUCCAGACCCAGGGUAUGGACACCCACUACAGCCUUGGAGCACCGCCAAGAGAUCAAACUAGAACCAGUCAGAACUCAGUGUCUCCACUAGACAUGCUAGACCAAUCUCUUUCCCGGACAAACAGCAGAGGCAGUGGAGGAGCUCUGGACAGAACAGGGGUUGGGGUUACUGGAGGGGAGGGAGGUGGUGGAGACAGACAUAGACAGCAGCAAAGACUUACACCCCACCACCAUCCCCAACAAACAGCCUCAGAUCUCCACGACUUCCUUUCUGAGCCAGAUUUGGGCUUGUCCACCCCCUCACACCUGCACCACCUCAACCAGCCACAGGCCCAUGCCCACCCCCAUUCCCACCAUCAACAGCAAGUACACACUCACCAUCAGCUGGCACACUCUCAGUUAGCUCACCCACACUCCCACCGGAUGGCAGCAAAUAUGGGAGCCCCCCAACAACAGCAGCAGCCCCAACAAAGAGAACCUGAAACUCUGUCACACUCCCAGUUAGACCAGCUCAAACAGCAUCAGUUUGACACAGUGAGCCCAGUGGGUAAAGUGGGACAGAAUCAAGUCCAGCAGCAACAGCAGCGGUUUGCACCGCUAACAUCGAUCUGCUUUCCUGACUCUCUGUUACACGAUGAAGAUCGCUCUUUCUUUCCUGAGAUGGAUGACAUGUUUUGUCCAGCUGAUUACAAGUCAAGCUGUGCUGAGGACUCUGGGGCAGGACAAGCUGCUCAAGAAAGCCUUACCCAGGGCCAUGGGCAGGGGCAAGAGGGUAUGGAGGCCUUAAAAACAGGAGAGGGCUAUGAUAUGGUUGGUCAUCACAGUGAUCAAGGCUAUGGACAGUAUUGCCACAGCCUUCCAGGAACAGGGAAUGGCAAUCUACACUUAGACCUCGACUCUAUGAAGACGCACGAGCUUCCCUCCACUGUGAAUACUGACCAGCUUGGCCUCAUCCAAUCCCAAACACCCUCGAUGGGGUUGAGUUCAGCCGUUCAAGGAGAUGGCUCAGUCAACAAGAUGAUGGGAGCUGUAGGGGUGGGUGGAAGUCCAAGUACCCCUGGUCUGACCUCACCUAUAUUCUGUUCCUCGAGACCCAAAAAGCUACUGAAGACCAGCUCAUUUCACUUGCUCAAACAGCGGCGUGAGCCGCAACCUCAAACAAAGAAAAACUAUGCGCAAGAGUACGAAUUUGAAGAUGACGAGGAUAAAGCUGAUGUUCCAGCUGAUAUUCGUCUCAACAGUCGACGCCUUCCUGACCUGCUCCCAGACUUGGUGUCUAGUUGUAGGAAGGCUGGUGGGGCAUCAGGAGUAAGUGGGCUCAGUCCCCUGAUGGGUGACAUGGACUUCUGCCACCCCUCCAGCUACCCUUCCCUUGGACACCCUCCACAGCUCCUCCCCCAUGAUGGCCCCAAAAAAAGGGGCCGAAAACCGACUAAACCAAAACGUGAAGGCCCUCCUCGCCCACGAGGUAGACCACGCAUACGUCCUCUUCCAGAGCCUCCUUACUGCAGGGGGCUGAUGGGAUCAGUGGCUGGAGAAAGUAGACGGGGUCGUGGGCGGGGCCGAGGGCGUGGCAGGAGAGAGGAAGCUCUAGUUGAGAUGCAUCAAGAUAUGAACAAAGCACAAAGCCUCCCAUAUCAUCAUCAUCAGCAACAGCAUCGACAGCAGCAAUUCAGCCAACAGCAGCAUCUCCAACAGCAUUCACACGAACUUCACAGACAGCAGGCAGACCACCACCAAGCACCACAACAACAGCAUCACCUGCAUCAUCAGCAACAGCAUGUCCCCUGUCCUCACCAACAACCGCAUACUCAACAGCAGCAACAUCAACAGCAUCAUCAUCAUCAACAACAGCAACCGUCCCAUCAGCAGCAGCCAGAUCCAAUCACACCUAUCAAGAUCAAACUGCCCAUUCCCACCAUGCCUUCAUCAGAAUCCUUGUUGAGGACAGAUUCUCUGUCCAGCACCGAGCCGGUUCUGUCUGAUGGAUCGGUGGGGUCUGCACCAUCUCUGGGUCUGAGUCCAGGACCCAGUGCCGCUAUGGACAUCAACAGGAAUGAGGUGAACCAAGACAAGAUGAUGAAGCAUCAACAGAAAGCUGUAGAGAUGAUGUGGAAGAAAGAAAUGGAUGAUCCACUGAAUCCUGAAACCUGGGCUGCUAUGCAGAAACUCUCCAGUUCAGCUGAUGAGAAAGCUUUCGACUUCAAACCUGGCUUCAUGGCCUCUUUUCUGGACUUUCUGAAGACGGGCAAAAAACAGUCAGGCCUUGAACUUGGACAUGAUGAAGGUGAGCAGGAGUCCCUGAACCCUUGCUCCUCUCUGAAGGGAGGUAUCAGGCCCUUAUCCCCGCCUCCUCCUCCCCUCCCACCAACUCCUCCACAGCAACCUGCAGGAACUUUCAGCGAGGGAGGGCAGGGUGAGGGGGCGGAGCUGGCUCUCAGCGGCUGUCCCAGUCCCUGCAAGCCCCUGGAUGAGGAGCUGAAGAGGAACCUGGAGACGCUGCCCUCCUUCUCCUCUGACGAGGAGGACUCAGUCAGUAAAAACCAGGAUCUGCAGAAGAGCAUCUCGUCUGCCAUCUCUGCCCUCUAUGACACCCCACACUCGCUGGCUGCUGCAAUGGCUUCUGCCAUGAUCAAAGCCCCGCCCACCUUAUCCCCGCCCACACCCCAGGAGCCGGCGUCCAGCCCCCCUCUCCCUGCCAUGCCUCCCCUCAUCCCCAGCAUGGAGGAUGGAAAGGAGGAGGUGCUCACAUACACACAGGAUCACAUACAGGACAAGGAGGAGCAACAGUCAGUCUCUCCUCAGACGAACAGAGAACAAGCAGAGGAGAGGGAGGCAGAGCAGGGAGCAGAGGAGGAGAAGGAGGGAGGUGAGGAGACUGCGGACGAUGAAGAGACAAUAAGAAGUCCAGAGAAUCUGCAGCAGGAAGCACUUGAGGAGCAGGAGGAGCAGGAGGAGGAAGAGGAGGAAGAGGAGGACAGGAUGUCUGAGAUGCAGAUUUUGGAGAUUCCCAAGGUUGAAGAUUCUCCUUCAGGACCUGCGCUUGCUCCUGCACCUCCAUCCCCAUCACCGUCCAUCUCCCCCUCACCUACCUACUCCUCACCCUCGCCCCUCCCUCCCCUGAGUCUCUCCGUCCCCUCGCACCUGCCAGUCCAGCAAGAUGCACAAGAAGAAGAGGAAAAUCCAACUUAUCCUCUGUCUGAGCAGCAGCAGCAUUCCUCCUACCAACCGGCUCCAACUGCAGGCACCUCCCCACCUCCCUCCACCUCCCCUCCAGCCAUCCCAUCCUCACCCCUCUCCAACCUCCCAUUGGGCCAGUCCAUCCCCCCUCCAUCCACCACACCUCCACCAUCAUCCUCUGAUCAAGACCAGGAGCCUGAAGCUGAGCAGGCUUCCCCCUCUUCACCCGCUUCCUCCUCACCCUCUUCAUCAUCAUCCUCUCCCCCGCCAUCACCUCCAACCCCUGAGGAGGCCCCAGCAUCCCAGCGUCUCACCUCCCUCCACCUGGCAAAGAAGCAGGCUGACGCCGCCAUAGCUGGGGAGAGUGAGGAGGAGGACAGUGAGAGCGGAGGAGAGGGAAUCUUCCGUGAACGGGACGAGUUUGUCGUCCGAACGGAGGACAUCGGGAUGCUUAAGAUGGCCCUGCAGACAGGCCGGGAGCCCCCACCCAUCUGGAGGGUGCAGAAAGCUUUGCUCCAGAAAUUCAGCCCCGAGAUCAAAGACGGUCAAAGGCAGUUCUGUGCAACCAGUAAUUAUCUGGGUUACUUUGGUGAUGCCAAAAUGCGCUACCAGCGUUUAUAUGUGAAGUUCUUGGAGAAUGUCAACAAAAAAGAUUAUGUCAGAGUGUGUUCUCGAAAGCCAUGGCACAGAGCCGGACUCACUCUGAGACGACAGUCGCUACCUAAACAGCUGCCCGCCAUUCACAAUCAAACCCCACCUCGAGUGGACAGAGACGACAAGGAGAGACAGAAAGAGAGAGAGCUAAAGGAGCAGAGAGAAAGAGAAAAAGAGCAAAGAGAGAGGGAGCACAGGGAGAAAGUAGAAAAAGAAAAUAAAGAGAGAGAGAGGAGAGAAAAAGAGGAAAGAGAGCAAAAAAAGAAGGAGAAACAGGAGAGGGAGCAGAAGGAGAGAGACAGGAAAGAAAUGGAGAAUAAGGAGAAAGAGAAAAAGGAGAGAGAGGAGCGAGAGAGGAGAGAUGGCACAGUGGAGUUCACAAGGUUGAAGGAGGAGAAGAGAGGAGGAGAGAAGAAGGCGGAGCGGCGGUCCAGAGCCAAGACCUCAAAGGACAAGGCUGAGCCUCCUCCCAAGAAGAGGAAGAAGUGGCUGAAGGAGGUGCCGUCCUCCUCCUCUGAGUCCGACUCCUCGCUGCCCAGUGAGGAUGAAGGACCUGUGCGGGCCGGAGUUAACAGCCGAGCCAUGAGGGAGAUGUUCAGGAGCUAUGUGGAGAUGCUGGUCAGCACAGCACUCGACCCCGACAUGAUCCAAGCUCUGGAGGACACUGAUGAUGAGUUGUACCUCCCCCCCAUGAGGAAAAUCGACAGCCUGCUCAGUGAACAGAAGAAGAAGUUGUUGAGGAGAGUCAACAUGAGUGUUCAGCACCAGGAGGCUCUACACAUAUUCCCCAAAAUGACUGCAGACCCGUUGGAAUCUGGAGCUGUCAGAGUUCACCUCGGUGGGGAGGGUUAUAACCGCAAAACCCUCAACCGGGUCAAGAGGAGUAUUCCUAAGCAGCAGGAUCUGAAGCUGUCGAUUGAAACGUGUCGGAUCUACAGUCUGUAUCACUCCCUGCACCACUACAAGUAUCACACCUUCCUGCACUGCAAGAAGGAGACGGACAGCAUCGAGCAGGCAGCCGAGGACCCCGGCCAGGAGGAGGUGGUGCAGCAGUGCAUGGCUAACCAAGGCUGGCUGGAGAGCCUCUUCAACUCCUUCAUGGAGCUGCUGAGCCUCAGUGGAAAGGCCUGAAGGAGGAGCUGUGUCCUCCACCCGCACACACCCAGCCGCAGUAUUAACCAGUUGGAGGCACCUGGAAUCUGUGAGAAUGAAGAAUCACACUGCAGAAGCUGUGCGGACGCUGCAGGAGUGUGACGGCUUCACUGACAACAGCCGCAGCUGCUCUGUUUGUCGAAGGUUUAACUUUUAAGGUGUUCGUUUUUAUUAUUGAGUCCAUUUUAAAGAAGCUCUUUAUUUCCAUAUUGAAAAAUGGAGGAUAGUGAACCACGUGAAUGUGAUGGAUUUUCCUCAAAAGGGACCACAUGAUAAUUUGGUCAGCACUUCAAAAGAGAUUUUUUUGUCAAGAUCUACAGAAUAUUGACAGACACACACAGGUUGUCUCUACGUACGUAUUGACGACUGCUUUGUAUAAUUUAUACAAGGACAUUUCCAAAAAGGACCAUCCUAAGAUGGGAUAGUUUGCUGUGAUUAUUUUUGAGAAAAGUUUAAAAGGGAUAUACGUAAAAUGGCCCGCCUGCUUCUCUCUGUGUGGGAGGUCAGUCUGGGGUUGAAAGGAGGACUAUGUGAUAGUCUGAGUGGUUUGAGCUGCCUCACACAGGAAGCAGUGAAGACUGAUGGGAAAUGUAUUUAAAACCAAGCUGUGUUUUUCUGUUUGUUCUUCAAAAGACAAUGACAGAGGGGAUUUAAUGCCUGUUAAGACGUGGAAUGAAAAAAAUAAAGCACGACUUUCUUGAAGGAAGUGUGAGGUGAAAUGAUCCAAAAGCUUAAAUGUCAGUGUUUAAUGUUAGUCAUUUUUAUCUGUUUGUUGUUGAUUGAUAUUUCCUAUCAUUUGACCUCUCAGAGGAUAUUCUUGCAGAGCAAUUUUGUUGUUUUGAUGUGUAAAUACUGUACAGCUACUUCAUUCUCUAGU